AUGGUGCGCCUCUUCGGCAUUCUCGUUCCUGUCUUCUGCAUCGCGUGUACCGCCUCUAUGGCCAAAGGCAGUGCCCGUCGGGAUGACGGCUACGACGGCGGCAGCGUCCCGGAACCAAAUACGUAUCGCUACAGCAUUGUGAACGGGGAUGAAUACAAGCAAGCCCUCAAGAAGCCGAGUCACCCUGCACUCCGGUACAUGUUGGACAUCACCAACGAGCGCAUCACGUACAAUAAGAGCAUAGUAAAAAGUCGCGCAGACCGGCAUCGCUUACAGGUCAAGGACACCCUCAGGUUGCCGAAGACUAACCUGCGCACCCACACUACGGCUACUAGUACAUCAACGGACAGCUUCGAGAGCCUAGCCAUCACCAAGCACACUAAGCAGCCUACCGAAGCCGACUGCUGCUACCAGGUGACAAACAUGGAUCCGUGGCUACCACUCCUGGCUCUAUGCAAACGCUCCAAGCCUGUAGACUUCCUGAACGUCAUUCAUGAAGACUGCCAGGCUACCAAGCUGAGCUGGGACGAGCCCGGUGGCGGGGAUGUGUUUCGCGUGCUUGGAAGCCAAGGAGACCAGCUUGUGCGCGUACUUCGGCUGCGUGAAAGGGAAGUCCCAUGGCAUACCUCCCGUCUGAGAGUUGCCAGAGAACUAAGCAAUCUCAAGAACAGUGUGGACAACCGGACGUCCGCAUUUUUUGUAGACGCGAGGGCCAGUCUCGUUAGGGACAUAUACCCGAGACUGUUAUCAAGCGCGCAAGUGCACCAGGACGAUCAAUUUCUCCUCUGCUCGGCUGCCACAUCUCCAGAGGAACGGGCACCUGUAGCCGAGUACCUGGUGACAGAGAUACAGCCGGGCUGGAGGCCCCUCCCGAAUUACAAGCUCAACAAUCCCAACCAAGCGCUAAGCGUGCUCGGUCAGGCGUGCUGGGCACUGGCAGUUGCCGAAGCUGAACUGGAAUUUGAACAUCGCCUCCCGGUAGUCGGCGCCGUGCUGGUUCGCCCUACGAAGUCACCCCGCGUUGAGUUUACGCUGCGUGGCCACAUUGUUCGGAUUCCCAGCGCGGGGAUCAAGGUCCGCCUGCAGGGGCUCCAGCUGGCGAGAAUACGCAUAGGAACCCACAUUGAGUUUACAGAUGUCACGCGUUUCCCCGAGUUCGUGAGAGCCGAAGACGAAGUCGCCGUGUGCGCCAGGAUCGCCGACCUGCUGAACAAGAGGCCCACCAAGUUCGAGCCGCGGACGAACGUGCUCUGGCUCCAGCACCUGGCAGACUGGCUGGAAUUGCAAUACGCGGAAGAUUCGUCCGUGCUUUCACAUUGGCAAGGCGUGCUGGCCGCGUCCUGCUCGGCCGAGCAUGCCACAGUCGGCAGCCGGCACACAAGCACGCCUUCCGGAACACCGCCAACUUAG